AUGUCUGAAAUUAACAAAAAAAAGAUAUCAAUAGAAGAAAUCGAACGAGCACACCUCGAAACAAUUUCAACCUUCCCGUUUUUAUUCAUUCCAUCAAAAAAAACAAGAAUAAUUGUAAAUUCUCGAGAUACCGCGUUCAAUAACGAUGAUUCGGGAAAUAAUCUAAAUGUAGAAUGCAGCCCAACUAAUAAAGAAAGGAUCCAAAAACAAUCUUUUGAAACAGAAAAGAACGCAGUAGGAUUAGCCACAAAAAUAGGAACAGAAGGGAUUCUGAUAUCAUCAGCUUCAUAUACAACGAAAGGCGCAAAUAUAAAUAAGAAUCAUAAGUUGUUUAAAGUAAAUUAUUCGGAAGAAUUGGAUUAUAAUUUAUCAUCAUUCAGAGCAACAAAUUCAGUUGAAAACGAUCUUAAUUUAUCUA